ACUUUAGGGGAGGGAAGUCCAGGCACCUCCCUGGGGCUUCCGAUCCCUCCCUUCCCCCCAGCUCCAGCAAAGGUGCGCAGAGAAGGCUCCUCCGUUCCCCCCUUCUAGAAGGAGAGUCCAGGCAGGCCUGCAGGGUCCAUGCUGAGGGCCCCUCCCAGUACCCCAGGCUGGGCUGGAGGGCUGGGGAAGCCGGGCUCUGGUAGGACUGCUGGUGGAGUCAGGAUGCCUGACUGGUUCUGCGGGUUUCCCUGGCCAGCACUGGGAGGGGUGUGCACUCAGGGCGGGCUGUGGGGCACAAUUAUUUCUCAUCUUGACUCUUGCCACCCUCCAGCCCACCGGUUGGGGAGGUAAAGACGGGUCUGAGUCACUAGUGAGGAGGAGGCCAGGAGUUAAACAAGCGUUAGCUGUGGCAUCCCCAUAGAAGCCCUGCCAGGCUGGACGGACAGACAGCAGACAGAAGACCCAUGUGGAACCCAAGGACGCAGCCGCCCUGCUGAGAGCACGGCGGCCCAUCUCUGGAGACCGUGACCUCGAGACGGUGGCCCUCGGCCCUCCACCUCCGGCGGGGGCGGGGGCCGCCCAUCUCCAAGUCCCCAGCCAUGACGACCUCCGCGCUGCGGCGCCAGGUGAAGAACAUCGUGCACAACUACUCGGAGGCGGAGAUCAAGGUGCGCGAGGCCACCAGCAAUGACCCGUGGGGCCCGCCCAGCUCGCUCAUGUCGGAGAUCGCCGACCUGACCUUCAACACAGUGGCCUUCGCCGAGGUCAUGGGCAUGCUGUGGCGGCGGCUCAACGACAGCGGCAAGAACUGGCGGCACGUGUAUAAGGCGCUGACGCUGCUGGACUACCUGCUCAAGACGGGCUCCGAGCGGGUGGCCCACCAGUGCCGCGAGAACCUCUACACCAUCCAGACGCUCAAGGACUUCCAGUACAUCGACCGCGACGGCAAGGACCAGGGCGUCAACGUGCGCGAGAAGGUCAAGCAGGUGAUGGCCCUGCUCAAGGACGAGGAGCGCCUCCGGCAGGAGCGGACCCACGCCCUCAAGACCAAGGAGCGCAUGGCGCUGGAGGGCACGGGCAUCGGCAGCGGGCAGCUGGGCCUCAGCCGCUCUCGUGGGUCCCCGUCCUCCUACAACUCCUCCUCCUCGUCCCCCUGCUACACCUCCGACUUGGAGCAGGCCCGGCCCCAGACGUCAGGAGAAGAGGAGCUGCAGCUCCAGCUGGCCCUGGCCAUGAGCCGUGAGGAGGCUGAGAAGCCGGUCCCCCCAGCCUCCCACAGGGAUGAGGAUCUGCAGCUGCAGCUGGCUCUGUGUCUGAGCCGGCAGGAGCAUGAGAAGGAGGUGAGGUCUUGGCGGGGAGAUGACUCCCCUGUGGCCAAUGGCGCUGGGGCCGCAGUCCGCCGUUGGCAAGACAAACAGCCGGAGAGAGAAGAGAGAAAGGAGGAGGAGAACCUGAAAACCAGCCAGUCCUCCAUCCUGGACUUGGCAGACAUCUUCGCACCCACCCCGGCCCUGCCCUCCACUCACUGCUCCGCUGACCCAUGGGACAUCCCAGGUCUCAGGCCGAACACAGAGCCCAGUGGCUCCUCCUGGGGGCCUUCUGCAGACCCCUGGUCUCCUAUUCCCUCAGGAAGUGCCCUGUCCAGAAGCCAGCCCUGGGACUUGCCCCCUAUGCUCUCCUCCUCUGAGCCCUGGGGCCGGACCCCAGUACUGCCCGCCAGACCCCCUUCCACAGACCUCUGGGCACAGAACUCCCCCCAGCACAAACUCCCCGAUACUGGGGCUGACCCUUGGGGGGCCUCAGUGGAGACCUCCAAUGUACCUGCUCUAGGUACCUCGCCCUUUGACCUAUUUGCCAAACCUCCAGUAUCCACAGAGACCAAGGAGGGGCCGGAGUGUGCCCAGGCCCUGCCCUCGGGGAAGCCCAGCAGUCCUGUGGAGCUGGACCUGUUUGGAGACCCCAUCCCCAGUUCCAAGCAAAAUGGCACCAAGGAGCCAGAUGCGUUUGACCUGGGUGUACUGGGGGAAGCGCUAACCCAGCCCAGCAAGGAGGCCCGAACAUGCCGGACUCCAGAGUCUUUCCUGGGCCCUUCAGCCUCCUCUUUGGUCAACCUUGAUUCAUUAGUCAAGGCGCCCCAGGCUGCAAAGACCCGAAACCCCUUCCUGACAGGUCUCAGCGCUCCAUCUCCCACCAACCCGUUCGGCGCGGGCGAGCCGGGCAGGCCGACCCUGGACCAGAUGCGCACCGGGUCGCCGGCGCUGGGCUUGGCGGCCAGCGGGCCGGUCGGGGCGCCCUUGGGCUCCAUGACCUACAGCGCCUCCCUGCCCCUCCCGCUCAGCAGCGUGCCGGCCGGCGUGACCCUCCCCGCCUCGGUCAGCGUCUUCCCGCAGGCGGGCGCCUUCACGCCGCCGCCCGCGAGCCUGCCACAACCGCUGCUGCCCACGUCGGGCUCUGCCGGGCCGCUGCAGCCGCCUCCGCAGGCCGGCACCAACCCCUUCCUCUGAGCGCAGCCCCGCCCCGCCCCGCCCCCGCCGCCCGGCGCAUGCGCGCGCGAGGGCCCGCCCCGGCGCGCGGCGGGGCGGGGCGGGCUGUCACCCCAGGACCCGCCCCGGGAAGCCCGGAACGGCUGAGACUCCGCCCCGCGGCCCGCCUCGGCGCUUGUCCCGGCCUCCGCAGCCCCUCCGCGGUUCCUGGAGUUUGAGACUGAGGACUUCCCGGGGCUGAGACCACGCCCGCGUGGUAAAGACUGGAGCCCGCCGCCUCCGCUCCCACCAAGUGGACUUUUUGCGAGGCGUGGCGGCUGGGUCAGGGCCACAGCGUGAAUCUCCGGCUGCCGUGGGAACAAGUGACCCGCAGUGUGGGGCGCAGAAAUGCUCCCACUUUCCGUACAACCCCCCAGCCUGGCACCUUCGCUUCCAGAUGCUCCCCAGGCUCCCACUCAUUCUCUCAUUUCAUUCAUUUACCGCAGAUCAGCACUGGGGAUGAUCUCAUGGCAGGGAACAAUAGGCAGGUGUUCCCAUUCGCUGCGCACUCGUUCUCUGCUAAGCACUUUAGACAGAUUAUUUAAUUUAAUCCUUACAACGACCCUCUGAGGUAGAUCACACUAUUCCCACUCAUGACUGGCUACAUAAUUUGUGGGGCCCAGUGCAAAAUGAAGAGGCGGGGCCCUUUUUCCAAAUUAAGAAUUUCAAAAUGGGGGCAGCAGAGCGUUAAACCAAGUGCAUAACCCUUGGUUCUGCUCUCAUAGGUGAGUAAACAGGCUCAGAGAGGUUAAGCGGCAUGCUCAAAGUCACAAAGCUAUCGCGGACCGGGGCUGGGAUUCCGACCGUCUGGCUCCACGUGGAGCCCUGAGCUCCCAUGCUGGGCCCCAGGUUUCAUUUGCAAAUAUUGACCUACCGUGAACAAAGUGCCGGGCUCACCUGGGAGGGAUCCGAGAAUUGCUAAGCCCACCGCCUCCAGGAGCUCAGAACUCAGUGGGGAGACAAGCCAGGUCCUGGAGCCCUCCUGCUCCUUUGUUUUACUGAGUCACCUUAAAUCUGGCUCUACCCUCCCCCACCUUCCUUCCCCCUGGGCAAGAAAUUCAAUCUCAGCCCUGCUGAGAGAGCCUGACUCCUCCUGGGGGCUUAUGUCGGGUCUAAGAAACCAAGGGGAGGGGCAGGGCCUGGUACCUCAUCCGAGGUCCACCAUAGUCACCCCCAUUCCUUUUCUCCUCAAUGCUCUCCCACCACUGGACCACCCGACACUGAUUUGUCCUCAGUGCUCAGGGUCUGGCCCUACUACCAACCCCCACCCCCUUUUGGGUCACUGAGGGAAAACAGCCUUCCAUAGACCAGAAACACCAAAGUGUGUGUGUGGGGGGGGGGGACACACGAUGCUGCUCUCUUUCUUAAGUGGAAGGGGGACUGGGGAAAGGAGCUGCUUUUUUGUUGUUUUUUGUUUUGGAGGGCGGGAGGGAGUCCUACCGUGGCUGUUACAGGCAGGAUGGACAAGAGCACCUACUUAGGAGUCAGACCGACAAAGUUCAAAACUCUGCUCCAAAAUUUGCACUUAAUAAUAAUAAUCACUUAGUAAUAAGUGGUUAUGCUCCCUGACCUUGAGUAAAUUACUUAACCUCUCUAUGACCCUGUGCCUCCAUUUCCUUAUUUGUCAAAUGGGAACAAGAGUUCCUUCCCUAUGAGGUUGCUAUGUGGCUCCUCCUAGGCCAGUGUUCAUUUGGCCCAGGGCCCAUCCUCUUCAGAGACACUACCCAUGAGCAAUGAGCCCAUCAUACCCCUCAUUCCUGGUCUUGCCAGGCAGUGCCCAGAGUCCAGCCCCCAUCUGUCUUUGGCCACACACACCUGGGAGGUCUCCAUCCUUCUUGGUCGCUGCCUCACCCAUCACCCCUCCCCUACCUGGGCCCUCCUCUUCUAAACUGGCUCUCCCUUGUGGACUUGACUUUCCUGAGGAUUCCCAAGGGGUGCUGCCUGACCCCCACAAAGAAGAGGUUGGUAGCCUUGCUCCCCGUAACUACUUCUGGACCAUUUGCCUCCUCUAAGAGCCUUCCUUCUUGGAGGCUGGAGCCACUUGGCUGUCCUGCCUGCUCUCCACCUGGGGCUGUGCUCCACCUCAUUCUCACCAUGCUUCUGUCUUGGGUCACAAUCUCCUCACCCAUUUCUUGCUUAACCCUGCGUGACUCCAUUAUUCAGGAGGAUGACCUUGACCUCUCAGCUACCCUUACCCAUGGUCACUCUUUUGGGCUUGUCAUCACCCUAAAUUCCUUCACAUUCAAGGCAGGCUUCCUGCUCUCUGAUCUUAAUCUCAUUCCUUCCAGGGAGCACCCACCAGACCCUCCACCUGCCAACCUUUCUGCCACCACUCUGACCUUCUCAGAGAUCUCUUUUCUCCUUGAUGUCAAUUGCCUUCUCUCAACCAAAUCCUUCCCCUUGAUAUUUGCCAUGAUUAGCCUCAUCCAUCUUGAAAGUCUUUCCAUCUUUCCCCUCAUAUGAAGCACCCAUGCUACUUCCCUAUGUCUCCUUUCUUUCCCCUCCUCCCGACCCACUCCAGUCGGCUUUUGCUGUCAGCCAAGCCCACCCAGUGGCCCAUGUUGCUGAAGCCAGUAGGCCUUUUUCUGUCCCAUCCCAGUUGGCUUUUCCAGAAUCCAACCAUGAGGAUCCUUCCUCCUUGCAACUCUCUGUCCCGUUGCCUUUGGGACACCACCCUCUCCUGGCGUUCCCUUGACCCUACAGUGGUUCUCUCUGUAUCUUCCAUGGGGGCACCCCUGAGUUCCCUGAGCCUGCUCCUCUCCUCGUGCUGCUCCCUGGAUGGGCCCUUCCAGGCCUGCACUGUCUGCACACUGAACUCCCCGAUUCCUCCCACCAACCUCUCGUCUCCACGUUCUCUCCACACAUGCAUCUCAAGGGCACCUCCAACCAACAUGUCCAAAAAUGACCUCACGAACCCCCACCUGAGGCUUUCUGUGCCCCCACCUCAGCAAAUGGCCUCACCCUCCAGCAUAAGCCCUGCUCUGCAAACCAGUCUUGACACCUCCCUCUCCCUCACUGCCAAUCCUGAGGAUGUCUCCUCUACAGGCCUCAAGACCUUCUCAUGACCUCCACCUCCACCAUCUCCCCUGGGUCCUGCCAGGGUCUCCGAACCAGUCCUGUUUCCACUCGUGCCCCUUUCCAGUCCAUUCUCCACUAGGAAGCCAGAGGGACCUUUCCAAUGUGCAGGGUCACUCCCCUGACCAGAGCCCUUCAAUAUCUUUCUUCGCUCAUAACCAAAACUCCUAACUCACAGCUCCUGAGUCCCACCAGGACCUGGAGGCUUGCCCUCCUCCAAACUCACAACGUCAUCUCUCCUAUCUCUCUUCCCGUUGCUCUCUGCCCUGCAGCCAUGCCUGCCUUCCCUAGUUCCUCAGCUCUGACUCACUGCUAUGCCACAGGGCCUUUGCACAUCGGUUUCUCCUGCUUCCCCAGCACUCCCCCCACACCCUCUCCGGACCCCAUCCUCUUGUUGUUCUUCCAUGGCUGCUACACAAAUGUGAUUUCCUCGGGGAAGCUUCUCCUGCCUCGCCUCUCCCACCAGACCAGGCUCCUUUUUAUAUGAGAAGUCAUGGCACUUCUCACAGUGGGUGGUCCUACAGUCAUGUGUGUGGCUGUCAGAAUUAACUUCUGGCUCCUUCAACAGACUGAGCAACCCAGGGGCAGGAGCCUGGUCUCUCGCCGCCCACCGCUGUACCUAAGCAGAGUGCCUGGCAGGCAGUAGGCACUCAAGAAAUAUCGGCUGAAUGUAGCAAAUGAGACAAGUGUGUAAAGUACAUGAUA